UGAAAACUGCCUUCCAUUGCAUUUCCCCACCAGCGGACUAACCAGGCCCCUCGCAGCCGAUACACGGUGGCCCCGAGCCGGGCUGAUUCCCACCGCAGACCCGGCAGGUGUGACGGCGGUGGUUCACCGGAGAACGGCGGGCGGACAGAGCGCUUGUGGAUGCUGGAUUUACGGACUGCUCCGCGGGGAAAGCCCGAGAUGUGAUGAAAUCCUAAUCAAAGUGCGACACACACAAGUCCGUGCACAUCAUAAACGGGCCUGCCUUGCAUUGCAACUUUGCGUUUUCGCCUCUCUGCAGGGGCUAAAGGCAGAUAAUCGGAGGUGAGGCUGGUGAAAUUAUUGUCUGGGGGAGGGUGACGCGCACUUCACAACAGCCCCUGCGCUGUCAGACGAGGAAGUGAGGCUUCACACACGCCCAUUUCAGCCUGUCGACCCUGCUCAAAAAGCCCGGACCCGUUCAUCAGAUAACAGCAACAGACUUUCCAAACAUGCGUCCACUUUCGGAUGGACGACACCGGGGAUAAGCUGCAGGACGACGCCGAUUUCAGGGGUGUGCUAAAGUGCUGAAGGAUGGACAGGGAGCUGGUUCGACAGAGCCAAUCAGAACACGGAGAGGCCACCAAUGGAACCAGCCCUCAGACCUCCACCGCCACGCCCGACCCCUCCACCCCCACAACCCCCACCCCUCCUCGGCUCACCCCAAACCCCAUGCUCCUGGACUCCCCCGCGCCCAUGCUGACGCCCACCACCUCCUCCCCGCCUCCCCCUCUCACCCCUGCUCCCUCUGUCUCCGCAGCUCCGAAGCUGGCGGCGGCAACAGCCGGCGCUCCGUCUCCCCACAUCCUCGUACCGGCUCCGCCUAAACUCACCUCCACUGCCACCCCCGCCCUCCGCACGUACUCUCGCCCAAUCCUUCCCUCCCCGACGGGCAUCUCCAAGACAUCUCCCACCACACAAACCUCCACCUCUCUUCUCCCUCCUUCUUCAUCCUCCUCCUCCUCCUCCCCUAUUUCUUCUUCUACUGUUGUAGCCAGCACCACCUCGCCCCUCCUCUCCUCUUCUUCUUCUUCUUCUGCAACGCACAGCAGCAACACCAUAUCAACCAAGACCUCCACCAGCCUGACCAACGGGAACACAAGGCCUGUAUCAACGCCGACCUCCACACCAAUCACGCCCUUUCACACGCCAGCCAGUCCACCUGGCAGACAGGUAUCACAGGCUCAUCCUGUGGGCACACCUGGUCUUGCGCGAGCCAAUCAGAACCUCUCCCCUGUCAGGCAGAGGGUAUCCCAGCAGACAUUGCUCCUAGGCAAAGGUCUCAAAGGGUCUGGCCAAGACCAGGUGCUGCUGAGAGCUCAGAUGCUCCAGAGUCUCACCCUGAGGCCCCCUCCCCCCGGGGCCCUCACCAUCCCCCCCUCCCUCCGCCUCAAGCCCCCCUCCUCAGCCCCGCCUCCCCUCUCUCGCCCCCACGCCCCCCUCUUCCCCCCUCUCAGGCCGCGACCGCAGCCCAGCACCACGGCAACAGAGAGCCCGACCACGCCCAGCCGCCACCUCUCCGUCCCGCCUCCAACUCUUUACUCUCCAGUUCGAGCCGUCCCUCUGAGACCCAGACUUCACUCUCCAAACGGUCACCGAGCGGCGUCGCCAAGGCAAACCUCAACCCUCCAGCCGAUCGCUGCUGCUCCCGCCGGCCGCGCCUCUCCCAUCAGCAGGCCGCUGGCCGGACUGAAGAGCUGCCCGUUGACUCAAACUAUGCUCGGGCCUGGCCAAUCACAGCACGGCUCAUUAUCUGUGACCAACCCCAUGUCUGUUUCCUCCCAUCUCGAGCGGCCGCCUUCUGCAGCGAGGCAGCUGCAGAUCAUCGCCCUUUCCUCUGGCCGCCAGCCGCAAACUGGCACGUACGCCCACGCCGUGCAGUCGGCGCCCCCCGUGGUAGAGUCGCCUGAGCUGUCCGGCCAAUCAAAGAGGACGUCGAGCAGUGAAGACUUGCUUCCUCUUCCUCUGAACCCCACAUUGCCAAAAACCACCUCUCCCAUGCCCUCACCCCCAUCUCUCCUGAGUCCAGCGUCUCCUCCGAGUCAGCCUGGUCCUCCAACGCAAACUCUGACGCCGAAAGGAGACGUGAAGGAGAGCGAGGAGCAGCGGGAGAGAGGACGAGGGGUAAGACCAGGAGUCAGAGAAGAGGGGAGUGAGGGUAAGGACCUGAAGGUGGAGAAAGAUGACCAAAGAGAGAAAGUGGAGGAGGAGAAACAGAGGCUUUCACCUGAGAGGGGAGGAAGCCUCGUCAGUCAGAAGGAACAGGAAGUGGAAACAGUCAGAGAGGAAGAACAGAUGGAAGUGACAGAGGAAGGCCAGAGCGACAGAGAGAGGGCAGAAAGAGUCGAGGAGAAAAAGAUGGAGGAGGAAGAGCAAGGAGAGGCCGCUAUGGACCAGUCUGAGAACCUGACUAGUCAGAUUCUCCGUCAGUACCAGAACACGGACCCUAUCCCAACGCCUGAUAGCGUUAAAGACUCCAGCGUGGAGCCAAAACCCACCCUGGGUCUCAUUUCAGCUCCGGUUCCAGUCCAAACCCCAGCACCAGUACCAGUACCAGCUCCAGUCCCGGAGGUCUCUGUCCAAAGUCAGAGGCUACCAGAGCCUCAUCGGGACCUCCAGCCGGUCAGCCAGGAGGACUUCUGUGAAAGCAUGUCAACACAGUCUGACAACCAGUCAGCGCUGUCCAGCCUCUCCUCUCAGUCUCCACCCUCAUCGCCCUUCAUCCCCCCCUCGGCAGAAAACCCUCCUCCCCUCCUCCCCGCUCAGACCGCCCACCCGACCGACCUCAGCCUAUCACAGCACGAGACGGAGAAGGUCGACAAAGUGGUCGCAGGCGAGUCGCAGCACCUUGCUGAGGCCGAAACCGAGACGGAGCCCCCCGGCCAAUCGGAGGACGAAUCAGAGAGCUUUAACCAAUCGCUGAACUGCCCCUGGGAGCCGAGGGCGUGGCCCGAGGGACGACAGGUUCUGACUCACCUGGUGGAGGGAUUUGUCAUCCAGGAGGGGCUCCAACCGUUUCCUGUGAACCGCUCGUCCCUGCUGGUUCCAGAGCAGGUGACCAAGCCACAGGAAGUGAACGGGACCAAUGGGAAAGCAGCGUUACCUGUGACGGACACGGUAAAAGAAGCCGAGGUCUCCACUGACUCGGAGCAGGACGAGGCAGGAGACACAGACGACCCCGGCAACAGGUCGGCCCACCGCGACAGGACAGUGCUGCACUGCCAGUUCUGCGGGAAGAGAGGCCACGCGCACAACUUCAUGCGGUCCAAGCGCUUCUGCUCCACUUCCUGUGCACGCGGGUUCAACGUUCGUCUGACGAAGCGUCUGCGGGCCCUGAGCGCGGGCAGUCGGUCGGAGAGGCCCCGCCCAGCUCUGAACAGGGCGGAGUCAGUUCCUGGAAAACCUCUGUUGCUGCGACUGCCUCGUGAUCUCUGGAGCGCCGGCCGGCGAGAGAAGGAGGGGAAGGAGAAGGCAGCGGCAGAAGAGGAGGAGGAGGAGGAGGAGGAGGACAUGGAGGGAGGAGGGGAGGAGGAAGACGAUGAUGGUGAGGAGGAGGAUCCUGCUGUCGCCAUGACGGCCAGGAUGGAGCGUCGGGCGGCACGGAGAGCGAGGAGGGCGUCUGCACCCGCCUUGACCACCUCCACGCCCACAACCACGUUCAAACCCGCCCCCUCCCAGUGGAGCGUGGAGGAAGUAACCGCCUUCAUCCACACGCUGCCAGGCUGCAGCGACGUGGCGGAGGCUUUCCGGCUGCAGGAGAUCGACGGCCAGGCUCUGCUGCUGCUGACCGAGGACCACCUGAUGACCAGCAUGAACAUCAAACUGGGGCCGGCUCUCAAGAUCUGCGCUCACAUCAACUCACUGAAAAACCAAUGAGAGCAAAAAGAGAGAGAAAAAAGCGAGAGGGUCAGGGCAUGAUGUGGAAGGAAAACAGGCAAUAAAGAUGUGGGGAAAAAGGAGAAGAGACAGGAGAAUUUUUGUGGUUCCGGAAGAAACAAAAGCUGACACCAAGGAUGACAGAACAAAGUCACAAAAAGAGAUUUGUGGUAAUUUAUGAGAUUAUAAAUCGAGGUGUGGCCUUAGACGGGAACAGAGGAGGUCUGCAGAAGCGUGGAGAAACCAGAUUCCAGAAGAAAUUUCAUCCGUUUUGGGCCGUCUGACUGUAGCAGGAGACCAGGCGCCAUUUUUUGUAACUUUGUGUACAUUUUACAUGCCGCUGGAGAGUGUAAAUUUGAAGCUAUUUCAUGAAGGAUUUUGAACAUUUAAUAUAUAAAAUUUGUCUAUUUAGUUUUUUUAGAACGUGACGUCAAUGACAAAUCUAUCCAGUAGCUAACAUAACCGGUGUGUAAAAUAAUAAUAAUAAUGAUACGUAGACUUUGUAAGUGAUUAAUGAAAGUUUAAUGUUUUAUAUCACUAUAUUCUGGACAAAAACAUGUCUGUGGAUUAAAAAAAGUCACUAUCAGGGUAGAGGCUGGUGUCUUUAAUCGUCACAUUUUUAUGGUAUCCUGCUUGAAAUUAUUUAAUAAAUGAAUA